AUGGCGGACGACGAUAAGAACAAGCAACUGGCAGAAUACUCCGGUGCGGCUAAAGUAUUUGCUACUCUGGCGAAUUCGUCGUACCCACGAUUUGAUCGCGAGAACUUCGGGGUCUGGAAGGCCCUCAUGGAGUGUGGUCUCCGCGCCAACGAGCUAUGGGACGCGGUCGACCCAGGAGGCAACACGUUCAAGAAGGAGGGAGCCGAGCACCGGAAGGAUCGGCAGGCGGCGUCGGCGAUUUACUCGGUGAUGCCGAUGGAUGUCCUCCAACACCUGAUCGCCAAAGAAACGGCGAAGGAAUCGUGGGAUACCUUGAAGCUCAUGUUCGAGGGACACACCCGCGUCAAGCAAGCCAAUCUCCAAACUCUCCUAAGGAACUAUGAGACUUUGGUCAUGGGCGACAAUGAGUCCGUGGAUGCGUUCGCUUCACGGGUGGCUACUCUCGUCAAUCGGAUCCGCGCGCUUGGUGAAAACCUCACGGAGACCUCGGUUGUCCGGCGGUUCUUGCGCGCAGCCCCUCCCCGGUACCUGCAAAUUGUCACACGGCGAUCGAGCAGUGCGUCGAUCUCGAGACUCUCUCCAUCGACGAUCUCGUCGGACGCUACAAGGCUCACGACGAGCGUAUGCGGUACAGUCACGGGGAUGGGAGGAACGAUGAGAAUGUCAUGCUCACACGGGCUCAGUGGCUGGCGCUGGACUCAAGGAGAGGAGGCGAGGGCUCUAGCAGCAACACUCGCCAAGAUCAUGCGCCAAAAGAACAAAGUAAGAAGAACGCCGGCGACGGCGCUCCGAAGAAGAAGAAGUUCGACAAGCGCAAGAUCAAGUGUCACAACUGUGGCAUCAUGGGGCACUUCAAGUCGGAGUGCAAGAAACCACCUGAAGGAGAAAGCUCUCCUGGCCAAAGGAGGCGAUGAUGGAGACAUGAUGCUCACGGUCGAAGUAUGCGAGCUAAUGGACAAGGACAGUCCAGCUCCAAAGGCGCCGGCUACAGAGGUUGUCACGCUCAUAGAGGAGGCAGUUUAUCUUCACGAUAAGAAGAGGAUGAACACGUCGAGGCACGUGUGGUACCUCGACACGGGCGCUAGCAACCACAUGACCGGCGACAAGGACCAGUUUUCUGAGCUCAGUGUUUCGGUGGGAGGCACGGUUCGGUUCGGCGACACGGACGGACCGUUGACAUCGCAGGGCGAGCUCGAGGAGCGUGGUUGCAAGAUUGUGCUCGAAGAUGGCUAUCUACGGGGGUAUGAUCGUCAGAGGAUGCUAAUUAUGAAGGUGCAGAGGUCACCGAACAGGCUUUACGUCCUCAACUUGGAUCGUGUGGAUCCAGUAUGUCUCUUGUCAAGCAUGGACGACUCGGCAUGGAAGUGGCACGCGCGCUACGGUCAUCUAAAUUUCCAGGCUCUUCGGCAACUUGGACAAAAGGAGAUGACAUUGGUGAUCAACCGGAGACGUCGGCCGCGACAAACGGCGCGGACGGCGCGGCAGAAAAUGGAGACGCGCCAGCUACUCCCGCUGCGUCACACGCGCACGAGCAAGAAGGACCGGCUGGUGCGCCUGAAGACACGCCAGGCAGCACCAGCGGCGCUCGACCUGGUGGCUCACAUAUGCGUGGAGGCACUGGACGAAGCCCAUCAGGAGGCAGUCCACCUCAAAGCCCAGGUGGCUCAUCAACCACAGCCUGGGAAGCCCACGUGGUGCACAUGA